AUGGCAGCUAGCAUAAGGGAAAUGAAGAUACAUAACAAAAGAAAGAUGAAUGAGUUAGAGGAUAUCUCUAAUACUCAUAAGAAAUCAAGAAUUGUAUCCUUCAAACCUUUGCCAUCAGCUAGAGAUAAGAAAACGCCAGUUACUAGACUGAAAAAAUAUAAUAAUUAUGUAACUCCACCAUCGCCACCUCAGCAACGAUCGUCACCACCAGCCAUAUGUUUGGAAGAUGAACCACCACAAGAUAAUGAAGUGCACCCUUCAUUUCCAGCAACACCUCCAGAAUCUAUAAAUGAUGAAUCCAAUAAUACACACACUGUUGCCGCCACGGAGGAAACAACUACAAAUGAAACUCCGUCCCUCGCAAAUGCUGGCAGCUGCAGUACCACCACAGACUCGCAAUUAAAUAAGAAUGUGGAUUACAUCACUUUGACGUCAGCAUUAAGAAUGGCCAAACUAAAGAGCUCACAGAUUAAUGAAGAUAUUAUAGAGUUAUCGAAAUUACAGGAUUAUUAUUUAUCGAAUGACAACAAAGAGGAAACCAUACAAUUUUUCCUUAAAUUAGUUAAUAAUGAGUUGCAUUUACCAAAACCGAGUAAUAUAGUUAAAAGUCCAAUUAUUAAUUGGUCGAAAUACCAUCCUUCAUUAGCCCAGGUUUCUAAAGAUUUUGAGAAUCAAUUGAAGAAUGGAGAUAAGAAAGAAGAAUGUAUGAAUUCCUUGUAUAAAGCACUCACUUUGUUUGAUAAGUUAAAGUAA